AUGCGCACAGAUCAGGGCGGCCGCCCAGUGUGCAUGCUGGUCUUCGCACUUUCCGCGGACGUUGCAGCGCUGCGUCGCGCUGUCGCCGCUGUGGCGGGGCCAGCAACGUCGAUGAACUACGCUGACGAGCCCCACAGCGAAGAUGGAGGAGCUGCUGAACAGACAAGCGUAGCAGCGGGCGCCACUCGAGGCGUACUCAGUGAUGACGCGUGGGUGUUUGCUUCCGUUUCAGGCUCAUGUAGCUUGCUUGCCACGCCAGACUCGCCGAGCCACCUCCCGCCCGCCGGGUAUCAGGCGGCGGCGCGCGAGAUGCGGCAAUGGCAGUGCCUGCUGAGCCUAGUGCGCUUACCUCACCUGCAUGCAGGUAUCUCAUGCAACAGCGGCCCUGCAGCUCGCGAGAGACAGGCAAACGGUGCGACUUCCAGGGCGCGCACAAGUGUGGCGGCAACAGAAACUGUGGACGAGUCGGUUUCUUGCGAGCAACACGUUGAUACGGUCUCUAGUGCCGAAGGCACUGAGCACUCAUACCUACUGUGGGCACACGUUCCACACACUGCUUUAGGUGCCGAGUUUGCGGAGUUUGAUGCCAGUCGCUCUCGGGGCUGCGCUGCACGUGGCGGCAUCGCCGCAGAUGUCUCUCCCCCUGCAGGGCAUCAUCUGCUGUGCAUCGACGUUGGCGGCAUCUACCUGGCGAGCUCACGGACACACCCUGCGGCAGGGCGCACACAGAGUGUACCGCCGCAGCCCGCAGACGCACCCGCGAUGAAGACAGCAAAGAGGUCAGAGCGUGCCUCGAGGAGGCGGAACGCGGCGCGCGUUAGACACGUCCGUGCUCAAACAGAACAGAGAUCAUCGCUCGAUGCACGUCAAAACAACGCCAAGGCCAUCAGCGAAGAGAGGGAAGCUGAGGCGCUCCAGAGCCUAUGGCGCCUGCUGCAACAGCGCUUUGCGACUGCAACACGCUCUUGUCCGUUCAGGACGGACGCCGCUGCCACAGCGCUUCCGCUGAUGCUCACGGAGGUAUGGGUAAUACCCCUGCUGACUGCGGAGCGCGACAGCGAAGAGCCCUUGCGCAGUGCAGCUCUGGGCAUCGCCGCCUUUCCACUGCUUGUGCAGGACAAGCAUCACCGCAACUCCGCUGAUUGUGCCACCGUGGACGGUGACGGCGUGCAAGUCUUCCGCCUAGCGCGCCAUCCCCCAGCCCACGUGCUUCGCCUCGCUGUAGAUGACGGCGCGCAUUCAACUGACCCGCCGUCUUCUACCAUGUGUCAGGCGGCCGCGCUUCGGUCGCGAAAGAGGCUCCGUGACAGCGCGGCGGGGCGACAAGAUGAGGCAGAGGGGAGUCAGUGGCUGGCCGCACACGCCACACCUCUAUCGCCGGACGCCGUGUUUCUGCACUCUUGCUACGACGGCGGAGGCGCCGACUCCGCGGCACCGGAGAUGUCCGCUCUGCGACUUCGGAUACUGGAGCGCGACUUCCUGCUUCGCAGCUGUUACUUCUCGGAGUGGUGCUGCAUCGCUGACUUUGACAUCACAAGUGACUUUGCCAGUCCACGUCUGGGCAACUGGACAAGGAGUGCAACGGCUUACCACGCCUUCUACAGUGUGCUGCGGCGGUGUGUGCUGGCUGAGGACGCGCUUGUGCAGCACUCGAUAGAGAGGGAGGCAGGAAAGUGGGUCGCGUCGUGCGGAUCACUCUCUGGCGCUGACGUCACGAGCAUCUCCGGAGCAGCCGCGCUGCCGCGCAGCCCCACCGAGGCCCUCUUCAAGGAGAGCGCCCUUGAGGGGAGCAGCGCGGACGACUCAGGCGCUCGCGGGAGUGAGCAGGUGUGGCCUAUAGAGGAGCUGUGGGACCUGUGGGUGCGACUGGGGUGGACCCCUCCAUUGACGUGGCCGCGUGUGCGUGUGUGCCUGCGACUCACUGAGGGUCUUGACCUAGGCAACGUGGGCCAGCGCUCUGUUUGGGAGCUGUCACCGCGCGCUCUUUUGGCACUCCUGUCACGGGUGGCGACAGCAGUGAACGCGGCAUACAUUGAAGCGAAGCAGCUGCAGCCGACUCAUGGCCCUCGAGGAGAUGGUGUGACUGCGGAGGUCGAGAGCGAUGACGAUGCCGCCGGCGCAGACCUCGACCGGGUGAGUGACAUGGGCUGUGCGCACAGCUGCCAGGAGAGCAUACCGUCUUCUUCGGCUGCUCGAUGUGAGUCGUUGGUGCAGAUGCAACGGCUGCUUGAGUUUCAGACAGCACUCUCCGUUGCCCCAGAACCUGUCACCGGCCCAGCGUUGGCGGAUCUGUCCGAUUUGGCCGUAGCGGCUCCCUGCGUCCCCACCAUCAACUCGUGCACCAGCAGUGCAUCCGGGGACGCUGCUGGGGGCUCUCUUGUUCUCAGCGUCGCCGCACGUGACCUUGCCGCGGACAUUGCCGCCACCACGGUGCUUUCUACCUCGCAUCCUGUCGCGUCCCCGGCAGGCAGUGUUGCUGAUGUCGUGGCGUUAACCGUGACAUGGCUUCGUGGUGUGCUCGAGUCCCCAGCGUUGCUCAUUCUUCCGCUCGGUGUGUCUGGACAUGUGAAUGAGAGAGAGAGGGCCGAUGACUCUUCGGGCGGCGCUGGCGCGUAUUCUUCCUGCAGGAUCGCCGCGGACAAGGAGGCGGCGUUGCUUACUGCACUGCUCGCGCGUCGAUCGCCAUUUCAGCCAGAGAAGUUGCUUCGGGGGGAACUGGAUGUUUCUUCGGCUUCGCAUUCUCCGCAGAUCCCUCCCCCAUUCUCGCUGCCCGCCGCCGAGAUGUACUGCGAAACCGCCGAUGUGGCAGAGCUGCGCUGGUGCUCCCCACAAGCGACCACGGCGACGGCGACCACCACGGCGUAUCGCGAAACGCUCUCCUCCGCCGCUUUUCAGAACCCUACGCUGUGGUUGGGCAGUUCGGUAUCUUCGACUGCGUCCUGUUGCGCCCUCGCUUGUGUUGAAGUGGCGCGACUGGCACGCACGGAGACGGCCGACGAGACUGUCAAUGUGUACCGUACAUCGCACCAGCAGCUCAACGCCACAAACCCAUUGGCUGCAUUUCUGUACACGCGUUUCGCUGCAUAUCUUCAAGAGCAAGGCGUCGUGACUGUUGCGUCACCAUCGGGAGAGGGGAGCAGUGAGGGAGAAGCGCAAGAUCUUGGAAGAGAGUAUGAGCACAUACCACGUGAUGCCUGCCCGGCACGACGCUCGGCUGUGACAAUGCCCUCUUCAUUCCACCACCUCAUGGUGCGGGAUGGAGGUUAUACUCAGGGCGGAGCGGCAGCCGUGUCUUUGCCCGAGGAUGGCGGCUGCCUCAAAGACAAGAGUGGACCCUCAGGGGAUGGCGAUGCAGUCGAGUCACUAUUGGCGGAGGCUGUGGUGCGCGUCGUUCAGCAGAACAAGUCCGUGGUACGGCGCAUACUAGCUCUUAUUCAGUCCUACAGUGGCGUCAUCGCCGCAGCCACGGCAGAGGGCAAUGGCGGUGCACGAUGUGUCUCCAGCGCGGACGAGGCAGCGACGAUAAAGAGCAGUGACACUCAGCCAAACGACGCCGUUGUGCAGGACUUAUGGCGCUGUCUCGCACCGGAGGUAAAUACUGCCAUUUCUGUGGAUGAUGCGGCCAGUCAGGUGACGUCGUGCGCCAAAGCGAUGGCGCGGCGCCUGGUACAGGCGUUUUGGGAAAACGUCGCUGCAACCGUCCGCCUACACCUGCGCAAUCGGCUGGGUGCGUUUUCAGGCAGUGAGGAGGGUGCAACCAGCGAUUCGGAUGAGGAGGAGUCGGCCGGGGGGUCCGCAUCACCACCGGCAAGGCAGGCCGGCGCGGCCUAUUCGCCAGCGGAAGCGGCGACACCGACAUCUGCAGUGAGGCAACACAGUUUCGCCGCCAAAGAGAGCGGAGCGGAACCGAAGACGGCGAAGUCGAGCGCGUCGUUGCCUUCGUCCUCUGAACAGGGACGUGCUUCUCCGGGCUUCCCCUUGCUUCCCUCUGCGUCGCUGUCGCACCAGCUUCCCUCACCGAACCCUGUCGGGCAAUCUCCUGGAGCGUUGAGUCAGGCGGUUCGUGCACUGGACGGGGCCCAGGCGAUGGCGCUGUACAUGCAACACAUUCUGGGGUGCUCCAACGCCGCCGGCCACCGGCAUGGUCAAGCCCGACUUGGCGGCUGCACUUUGCUCAGCUGCGCAACGGAGGCGCCUGGGAGAGCACCGCCCACCACGGCGGACACUGCAGCACCGCCCACCCACCCUCAACAGCCUAACCACUGGCUUCACCACGCACUCUUUCUUUUGAGCUACGGGCUCGCGUGUCCUGCUGAUGAGCUGUUGAUGUCCAGUGCUACAGCAUCCACCCCAGCAUACGCCUCCGCAACGAGAUGCCACUCUGUGGGCUCAUACCAAGAAGCAGACGAACUCGCACUACCGCCACCCCCUGCGCUGGCGGCGUUUCGCGCCCUACGUUGCGGGAAGCUUUCGCUCGAUGGGUGUAUUGGCGAGGCACUGGAAGUGUACGUGCAGCGGUGGACGCUCAGCAUACAGGCCCAGUGA